AUGUCCAAGAUCACGGUCGCCGGAGUGCGCCAGAAUGUUGUCGAGCUCCUCGACUACUCGACGACUGAGAAGAAGCGUAACUUCCUUGAAACCGUCGAGCUCCAGAUCGGCCUCAAGAACUAUGACCCUCAGCGCGACAAGCGUUUCUCCGGCACCAUCAAGCUGCCCUCCGUGCCUCGCCCCAACAUGUCCAUCUGCAUCUUGGGUGACCAGCACGAUAUCGACCGUGCCAAGCACGGUGGUGUCGACGCCAUGUCCGCCGACGACCUGAAGAAGCUGAACAAGAACAAGAAGCUCAUCAAGAAGCUCGCCCGCAAGUACGAUGCCUUCAUCGCUUCCGACACCUUGAUCAAGCAGAUUCCUCGUCUCUUGGGUCCUGGUCUGUCUAAGGCCGGCAAGUUCCCCACCCCCGUCUCCCACGCCGACAACCUCACCGACAAGAUCACCGAGGUCAAGUCCACCAUCAAGUUCCAGCUGAAGAAGGUGCUCUGCAUGGGUGUCGCCGUUGGCAACGUCGGCAUGGACCAGGAGGAGCUGAUCGGCAACAUCAUGCUUGCCAUCAACUACCUCGUCUCCCUGCUGAAGAAGGGCUGGCAGAACGUUGGAAGCCUGACCAUCAAGGCUUCCAUGUCUCCCCCCAAGCGUCUCUACUAA